AUUAAUAUUGUGACGCGUUUUUCAUGACGUAUUGUGUGUGCACCCUGUGUUUUUUUAUUUUUUCAACAACAAUUUCAAUAGAUAUUUCAAUCCUGAUUUUAGAUUCAUCUUUUUGUUUUGAUUUUUUUUUCUGUUGAAAUUUUGAAAUUUCUUAAUUUCUCUUUAUCGACCUUCGAAAAACAAUCGAUUGUUUUUGUUCAUCUUAUCACUAUACAUCACUAUCAUCGAUUCAUCACUAUCGAUUCUAUCGAUUCGAAUAUUCAAAAAAAAAUGGGUUGCUCAAAUUCAAAAUCCAGUGUUCAAUUGACCGAUGAAGAUGUACAAUUUUUAAUGAAAAAUACAAAUUAUUCGGAAAAAGAAAUACGUGAUUGGUAUAAAGGAUUCCAGGUGGAUUGUCCGGAAGGAAAAUUAUCCAGAGAUAAAUUUAUUGAAAUUUAUAAAGUAUUUUUUAAAGGUGGUAAUCCGGAAAAAUUCUGUCAACAUGUUUAUCGUACAUUCGAUGAAGAUGGUAAUGGUUGGAUUGAUUUUAAAGAAUUUUUACUGGCAAUCGGUAUUACAACCAGUACAAAUCCAAGAGAAAAACUUAAAUGGGCAUUCAAAAUGUAUGAUAUCAAUAAUGAUGGUUUGAUUGAAUUGGAUGAAAUGACUAAAAUUAUUAAGGCAUUACAUGAAAUGUUGGGUGAAGAAGCGGCCAAUCAAUUUGAAGGUGACGCAGCAGCCGAACGUAUCAAAGAUAUAUUUGAAAAAAUGGAUGCCAAUAAUGAUGGGAAAAUAUCGUUGGAUGAAUUUCUUGAAGUCUGUAAUAUUGAUGAUGGUUUGGCCAAAUUUAAAAAUAUUAAACCAAAAAUGUUAGAAGAAUUGUUACAGAUAACCGGAUUUAGUGCACAAGAAAUUUUCGAAUGGUAUCAAGAUUUUCAUAAAGAAUAUCCACAAAAUCAUUUAACUGUUAGGGAAUUUAAAAAAUUAUAUGCAAAUUUUUUCCCUUCGGGUGAUUCGAAUAGAUUUGCCGAACAUGUUUUUCGAACGUUCGAUCUCAAUAAUGAUGGUACUAUUGAUUUUAGAGAAUUCAUGUGUGCGAUAUCGGUAACAUCAUCCGGUCGUAUGGAACAAAAAUUACGUAUGGCAUUCAAUAUAUAUGAUGUUGAUGGUGAUGGUUAUAUUACUCGUCAGGAAAUGUUAGAAAUAUUUAAUGCAAUGUAUAAAAUGUUAGGCAAUUCAAUUCGAUUAGAUGAUGAUGUUUCAACACCAGAAAAACGAACAGAAAAAGUAUUCAGACAAAUGGAUCGUAAUAUGGAUGGAAAAUUAACACUAGAUGAAUUUAUUGAUGGUGUUAAACAAGAUCCAUCUAUUUUAAGAUUGCUAAAUGUUUUUUGAAAAAUUUCCUCAAUU